CCAUUCCAUGCUCUCGUCCCUUUCUCUCUCCGCUCCGCACUUCUCGUGACGCGCUUUGACAGACGCGGUGGCUCGGAGCUCUUGUGAUAGGGUCUUGUUUCUGCAGCCACUUCUGUACAUGUGUCGAUACGAGCUUCUCGGAUGUGGGAUUUUAUACUGGCAGCGUCAUAAAUCCAAAAAUAAUAAGGAUCAUUCCUUGAGGGAGAUUCGCGCACAAUGCUCCACGAGAUCCUCCUCUCCCUCUCGGGCCAACCGUCGCCUCUUUUCAAUUCCCAGUCUGAAGCGGAUGUUAUCUCUGAAGAUGCCUUUCCCUUGGUUUCCCCUCCGGAGAAAGCCCUCCUCGCCUCUCUUGCCCGUCUGAGCCGUCUCCAUACCGAGCUGCGAGCACAUACCGCUCUAAUCUCCUCAUCACAUCCCUCUGUUAUCUGUCGCGCCGUUUCGACAGCCAUCAGCUCACGCCACUUGGGAGAUUUUCAAAGGAAAAUACUGGAAGUGGAAAAGGCAAUCCUAGUCGAGGACAGUGGCUACGUGGGUGGCUACGGAAUUGUUCCGUUGUCGACGAUUGUUGGCGAAUUCUCUCCCUGGACACGGCGAUUGGAAUGGCUCUGGGAGACUGUGCGGUUAAUAUGGCCUAUAGACUCCCGAAAUCAAGAUCAACUUUGCACUGGCGUGGCUUUGAUCGAUCACCUGCGAGCGGAGUCGCAAACAGGGUACGUUGAUCUGAAAGAGAUGGCCCUGCACUUGGUUGCAAUCGCAGAGACUGCUUGGAUGAGGCAAUUGUCCACAUGGCUACUGUAUGGCAAUCUACCCAUACUGGGGGAGUCUGAUUUUUUCAUUCAACGCGACAAGGCGAGCGAGGGUGACCAGCCAUUCACUGCCACUCAGUUUGUCGUGCAUCCCAAGCUGCUACCGCAAUUUGUAACGGCCCAUACUGCCUCCUCUAUCCUGUUCAUCGGGAAAACCUUGAACCUCAUUCGAGCAAAGCGCAGUGCGCCCGCUGCCAGUCCUUCGGCUAGUCUAUCCACUACUCCAGUCACACUCCAUGUGGAGCAUAUCGAACAUCUUGCUUCGUUGAAAUCGCCUAUAUCAGCGUCGAAACUGUCAAGUGCUGUAAAUAUCAUUCGGUAUUCUCUGUCGCAAAGCACCCUCUCCAAGCUUUUCCCACUGCAGAAGAUCCUCGAAACUCUUUCAGUUCUCCAUGACUUUCUGCUGCUCAGACGUGGUGAAUUUGCGGCAGCGCUUGUAUCUCAUGCCGAUUCCCGUAUCCAAGAUAGGUACCGAAAGCACGAGCAUUCAGUAACGACACAUAACCCCGCGGAAGGCCUAGGAGGACUCUCUAUCAAGGAAGGAGACGUAGUGACUACCCUGUCACAGACGCUGUCGGAGCUUUACUCAUUGCAAACUGAAGAAGACCCCGCAGACGAUGAGCUCGAUCUCGCCAAGGACCUUCUUCGGUUGUCGAUCAAGCAGAAUAUGGACGACAAGACGACACAGUCCCCCGGCAUGGCUGAAGUCGAGACCGGCACCGGAAUCUCGGACGUCGCCUUUGAUGACCUUCUUUUUCCCACCCCGACAUGUCUUUCGGUCCAGGUCCGUCCACCUCUUGAUUUGUUCCUUUCCGCCUCUGACAUCUCGGUCUACUCGAAAAUCCACUCCUAUAUCCUAGGCAUCCGGCGUGCGCAAAUGCAUUUGGGAGACUUGUGGAAACAUACUUUUCUUCGCAGAGUUCACCCUUCCCCCUGGGGCCCGCCUCGCAGCAGUACCCCUUACGGCCAAAGUCGACUCAAGCUUGGCAGGCAAAGAGACAGCGCCCGGACUCGGCAGAUGAGACCAAUCUGGGCAACGAGCAGUGCUUCUCUCUUUGUUCUUUCGGAGAUAGGAAGCUAUUUCCAGGGCGAAGUCCUCAAUGGCUCAUGGCAGCACUUCCGGGAGUGGAUCGGAGGUGGUUCUCCAACAACGGGCUCUCGACCUGGGACCGCAUCCUCCUCUACGGGCAAACGCCUCGAGAAUCUUCAGCGCAUUGAUAACCCGACUGAUUCAGGUUUUGGAGACGCCGGUCAGACCAUACAACGGCACGAUCCCGAAACCCUGACAGCUGCACACCGUCGAUACCUAUUCGCUCUUGUUGAGUCGCUCUUUCUCACGGAUAUACCAUUUACCAAAGCCCUCCGUUCCUUUCUGACCAGUGUUGAACAUUUCAUUGCACUUGUAGUCCGACUGGAAAGCAUACAGCGCAACAUGGACCUGGAGACUGAUGAGGGUGUCAUAGAUGCUUUAGUAGACUACGCAGGAGAAGAGAGGGAGAUCUGGCAAGCCCUUGGUGCUGCGCGAGCUAGUGUCGAGGCGGGGAUCAAGGACGCCGUGGCACGACUAAGAGACAUCGAUGAUAGCCGGUCUGGCGAGGGACGCCAGAUGCUUGAUUUAGUGAAGGACUCACGCGAGAACGGGUCAUUCUUUCCAGUCAAUGGCUCAGCGACCGAGCCGGGUCUGUGCCACUACGUGCCUCGAAAGGCAGCUGGUGUCGACCAUCUGCUCAUGAAACUAGAUUUUGGCAAUGCUAAUGGAGGUAUGGUCGCUGCAGCAGGCGCUUUCGGCGGCAUGGCAUAACAGGCUCAUUACUGGCAUAAUGCCUGCCAUUGCUCGAGGACCCCAUUCACCCGCUGUCAGGAGUUCUCGUGGUGACCCUGACUGGUUAAUGAGCAGCAACCAAGCUAUGACUGUCAGCUUAUGAUUAAUGAAGAGCAUGACUUUACGGUGUAGGAUUCCGGUCUGAUAGGGUUCUGUAAUACUACCGCUUUGUGCCUUGUGCUCUAUGGAUGUGACUGAAGGCGAGAGACGGGACCCCUGUCCACUGCCCAUCUCCUGCCCGUACGCGUCCCCUCUCUGGCAUCUGUUUGUCACACGUUUGGUUUUGGGCCUGGGCUUCAUCCUCCGUCAACCGAUAUUACCGCGUUGACGUGGUUCAUACUACUGCAAAGAUGCGAUCGACCAAUGAAUCCCAAGAUAUGCGUCCUGAUGAGCGAUGCUUGCU